AUGGAGAUUUUUGAUCUCACUCAGGGUGACUCCAAUGAGGAGCAAGAGGAAUUCGAGUCAGGAGAUGAGAACUCGGAGCUGACCAUCUUUGCAGUGACAGAGAUUGCCGAGACCUAUGAGGCAACGAAUGACGAGGAGACCUUCUAUGACUGUGAUGAGGAGUUGAAGGAUGAACCCAAGCCUCCGUCGAUGGAAGAAACAGAAGCCCAGACCUCAGAACGCAGAGAUGAUGGACAUGCAGAAGCAAGGGUUGAAACUAUGAAGAUUUGCAUGAUCAAGAAUGUCGUGGCCUUGGAAGUUCCCUCCGUCAUCAUGACGAUUGACUCCGGGGCAGAUGUGUCAGUGGCUCCUGAGCGUUUCUACAACCUUGGAGUGCCCGGUGCAGGCAAGCCCAUCGAGAUGAUCGAUGCCCAAGGAGCCAAGAUCUGCAGCAAAGGAAAUCGCCGUCUACGACUACAAGCCCAAACUCGUGAUGGUGAAGUGAUUGAAUUCAUUGAGCAAUUUGCAUUGGGAGUUGGUGUGACCCAUCCACUUUUGAGCUUUGGACGCCUUCUGAAGCAGGGAUGGGGACUUUCCAAAGAUGAUCAUGGUCUUUUUCUUGAACACCCAGAGAAGACCGUGAAGAUUCCUGCACGGUUGGAACGGAAUUCACUUGUUAUGGAUGUGAAGAUUUGUGCAGUUCGAGCUGAAGGAGAUGAGCCAGAUGAACUACAAGUCAAUGCAGUGAGUGGAGGACGAGAAGAUGCAGUUGAAAGUGGUGGUGACACAAGGCCGCCGGAGAAUCCAUCCACAACAGCAGCAGAAGAGAUUGCCGCCGCAGCGUGUGAAAAAGGUGACAUUGAGGAUGAUGAUGUGACUUUGGAGCUGAUGCACCAUUUGUCAAAUGAGGGUGACCCUGGUCGAGAUGAAAGUCAUGAACGGUCACCAGGUUACACAACAGAGGAGUCCGGUGACAUCAUGGUGAAAGGCAGCAGCAGUGACGAUGGCAAAGUGAAGGAGAAGUUGGCCCGUUGGGAACGAUGGAACUUCAAGUUCAAGGAGGUGAAGAAAGAGCCAGUCGAGUUGUCAAGCCCAGAAGAGCAGAUGACAGAUGGAAGUGGCCAAUGGGAGCAGUUGGAGAACCUGGCCAAUUACAAGGACACUCCAUUGCCUUUUCGGCCAUUGCCACAUGGGCCGAGGACGACAUUGACCUUCGUGGCUCCAGGUCUGAUCAAGGACGCCUUCGUCGUCAAUUCGGAGGUUCCGGUCAGCCAGUAUCCACUGCUCAAUGGAGAGCCAGCGUCAUGGCCUGAAGAUGACCAAGAAGACCAAGAAGGUGGUGAAGUGCCAUGGCUGGCAGCUGGAGGUGGAGAAAGGCCGGAGAUUGCAGAGGAUGUGCGUUUUGUUGAUCCUGAUGAGCUUGAGGUCAACAUUGAUGAACUGACGUUCAACAAAGACAACUAG